GUCCUCUUUUUCCUUCUCUCUCUUUCUCUCUCCUCCGAUGAUUUGCUCUUUGACUUUUCUCUCCUCAUUCUCUCUUCUUCCUCUGUCAUUCCUGAAGAAUUAUUGACACUCCCUCUCUACUCUCUCAUCCCACCUCUUGCCGCUUCGUCUUCUCCCAGAUUCCGGCAAAACUCCGCUCGCCGGCUGUUUUUUCACCGGACUUCUCCACCGGGCAUGUGAAGGACCCCCAAGCAUCUCAAUUGAUACUGUUCUUUAAAUUGGAAUGGGGGUAUAUCUCAGCACUCCUAAAACUGAAAAGUUCUCUGAAGAUGGCGAGAAUGGCUGUGUCAGAUAUGGUUUGUCUUCCAUGCAAGGAUGGCGUGCCACAAUGGAGGAUGCUCAUGCAGCAUAUCCUGAUCUGGAUGCAUCCACCUCAUUCUUUGGUGUUUAUGAUGGCCAUGGAGGCAAGGUAGUUGCUAAGUUCUGUGCAAAAUAUCUGCACCAACAAGUGCUCAAGAAUGAAGCAUAUGCGGCUGGAGACAUAGGAACGUCUGUUCAAAAAGCUUUUUUCAGAAUGGAUGAAAUGAUGCGCGGACAAAGGGGUUGGAGAGAGUUAGCUGUUUUGGGAGAUAAGAUAAACAAGUUUACUGGCAUGAUAGAAGGGUUGAUUUGGUCUCCGAGGAGCAGUGAUAGUAACGAUCAAGCUGAUGAUUGGGCUUUUGAGGAGGGGCCUCACUCUGAUUUUACUGGUCCAACUUCUGGGUGUACAGCCUGUGUUGCAAUUCUUCGAAACAAGCAACUUGUUGUGGCAAAUGCUGGUGAUUCACGCUGUGUGAUAUCAAGGAAGGGUCAGGCAUAUAAUCUGUCAAGGGACCACAAACCCGAUCUUGAGCUUGAGAAGGAGAGGAUUUUAAAAGCUGGUGGUUUUAUCCAUGCAGGACGAGUCAAUGGAAGUUUGAAUCUUGCAAGAGCUAUAGGUGACAUGGAAUUUAAGCAGAAUAAAUUUUUGCCAGCUGAAAAACAAAUUGUAACUGCCAGUCCGGACAUAAACACUGUUGAGCUUUGCGAUGACGACGAAUUUAUUGUGCUAGCAUGUGAUGGCAUCUGGGAUUGUAUGUCUAGCCAGCAAGUGGUAGAUUUUGUACAUGAACAACUACUCUCGGAAAGCAAGCUAUCUGUGGUGUGCGAGAGAGCCCUUGAUAGGUGCUUGGCGCCAUCGACUGCUGAUGGUGAGGGAUGCGAUAACAUGACCAUGAUCGUGGUGCAGUUCAAGAAGCCUGAACAGUCGACUGAAUCCGAGGGUGGGCAAUCCUCACCAACUGAAGUAGCAGCCGGAAGUUAUUCAAAGGGGAAGUUAUUCAAAGGCAUAUGAAUGUGAAUCGAAGUAGUUGGCCCGCUGUGUGCCGUGGAAUUAGAAGAGAGAUUUGCAUCACGUUUUUACUCUUUCAUAAAUGUGAAUCUCCGAUUGGUAAUUGUAGAUGCUUUUGAACAUAAUUUUACUGUAUCUUUGAGCUUUACCAGUAAAAUGAUGUCAACUGCUUGAUUGUUCCA